AGAGAAAGUCUGAAGGGGAGUUUAUUUUUAACCCGUCGGCUUCAAACUCUUUCCUGUACUGACUCUUUCUCCUCCGGUCGCCAUGGAAACGUUCAGUCUGUUACUUAAAACUGGAACCAGUAAAAGCAGCAGCUCAGACUGGAAACAGAACCCGGACCAGCAAAGACCAUCAUCAGGAGAACAGAGAGGAUGAUGGGUAACGUAGUGAAGAAAGUUCAUGAAUUCGCUCGUAGCUCGCUGUGGCGUUCUGGCAGCGUUCAGGACGUGGAGCCGCCUCCAGAGGGCCGACUGCUGCGGGAGCUGGAGGAGCUGCAGGAGGUGGAGCUGUGGCGGCUGCACUGGUGUCUGAGCCAGAACCUGCAGCCCGACGUCCCGCCCAUCCCGCCGCACUGGCUGCACUCCGCUGAUGCCUGCAGCACCGCCAAGACCAUGGUGAGGUGCUACCAGGAGGACGGGGCGCUGGUGAUGCUGGCUGCUGCCCGCGCUCUGAUUGGUCACGAUGAUCAGGACCGCCACCCACACCACACCGCCGGCCCUGCCUGGUCCAGACCGGCUCUGACACCUAAUCCAGACUUCAUAAAGAGUCAGCGCCGGAGGCUGAUCAGCCGAAUCCAGAGACCCGGUCAGCUCCUGGAGACGCUGCUGAAGGACAGCAUCCUGAACACCACCAACACCGAGGCUGUCAGCAUCUACGCCUCCCGCCAGGACAAGAACCGGGCCCUGGUGGACCUGGUUCUGAGGACAGGGGUUGAAGCACAGAGGCUGUUCUGCCAAGCCCUCAGCCAAUCAGAGCCAUUCUUAAUUCAAGAGCUGCAGGAUCGUCAAAUCAGGAGCCAGAAUGCCUCAGAGACGUCGGCCGUCAUGGAGAUGUUGGACCUCCUGGUCUCAGAUGAGCUCCGGUUGUUCCAGUGGUUGGUCAGUGAUCACAUGACUGCAGAAGAUGGCCAUCUGAUUGGUGGAGAACAGCUGCAGAACGCAGACCGGCCAACGACCGCGAGACUUCUGAAAGACCGACUCGGACCUGAACAGGCGGAAAGCGUCACCAUGACAACGCUGCUGAAGAUCUUCCCGUCGCUGCGUGUCUGUCUGAAAGGAGCAGCAGUGACAUCACAGGCCUCGUCUGACAUCAGAGUGGAGACCAACGUACCGCCGGUUGAAAUCACACCAAAGGUCCACGAGAAGAGCAACGUGUUCAGGUUGUGUUGCCAGCAGCCCGCUGUGGUCCGCUGCAGUCUGACCGGGUUGCUGCUAGAGGGUUGCGGUGAUCUUCUCUAUCAGAUGGUUCCGUGGGAUUUGGACUUCUUGGCAUCUAAAGGCCUGAGGCCGGCCGGGCCGCUGUUCAGGUUCCACCUGCUGUCCGGACGUUUCCACCGACUCCACCUGCCGCACAGCCGGCUGCCGUCAGGUGGCGGUAAAUGCUCCAUGUCUGUCGCUCACGUCACCGGGGACUGUGUGGAUUUCAUCACACCUGGUCAGGUGACCGACAGUCACCUGAUCGUUGACAUCUCCGGCUUCUCUUGUUUCGGUCUGGUGGAGUCGGUGGAGUCCGGCGGAGCGAUCCAUGGCCUGGUGCUGCUCUUCUCUCAGCCCGCCUCCUCCAAGCUGUACGUCCUGCUGCUGCCCAGGAACAUCUGCCUCUCUCAGGUGAGGAAGGAGUGGAAGCGUCGGAUUGGGGCGGAGUACGUGGAGACGAUACCCAACUGCGAACUGAUCCCAAAUCAGACGUACAAGCUGUAUGGAGAGCCGGUCACUGGCAUCCAACCAGAGAUUUCCAAGUUCAUCAACUUCAGCGACUACAACAACUUCCUGCCGUCAUUCGAAGUGCAGCUUCCUGCCGGCGUCACCAUGGUGAAGCUGCAACUGAUGAGUCAUGUGACUCCACACCGUCUGAUUAGCUGGCUGUUCGGCCCUAAAGAAUCUGACGUUUGGACCAGAGACAUCACCCUGAGCGCACCAGUUCUGAGGUUGCGGUCGAUGGAUGCGACCCAGCAGCUGAUCCAGGUCCUGGACUGUCUCCAUUCGGAGGACCUGAAGGCCUUCCAGCGCCUGCUGACCCUGCAGUCCGACCCGAUCCCCGUGUGUCGGCUGGAGGCGGCGGACAGAACCAGCACCGUGGACCUGAUGGUCCAGAAGUACCGCGCUGAAGGAGCCGUGCAGGUAACAGAGGAGAUCCUACGACAGCUGAACUACAACCAGUUGGCUGAGGAGCUGCUGAGCUGAUCCAGAACCUUCCUGUUCAUCAGUUUUAUUGAUACUAAGAAGCUUAAUGUGGUUAUUUGAUGUCUUUGGGAGUUUUUUUACAUGGCAUUAUUUAUACUUAUUGUUUUUAUUUAUGUUGCUGUUUUUACAUUUCCAUGAGUCAGUUCGGACUGAAAUACUGAUCAGGACGUUUGUUCUUAAGUACUUUGUGUUCUGAUGGAUUAUUUAUGUAUUUAUUUCUCAGUGAUGAAUAAAAACACACCAGUAGUUUCCAUGAA